GGACGCCUGCUCCCCUCUCGGACGGUAACAAGUCAACACCACAUCCGCAUCCACAUCCAAAGUACUACACACAAAUCCCGAGCUAGCGAAAACCGAUUCGUUUUCUUACCGCACCGCGAAGCCGAGGCGAAGGCGAAGGCGAACCCAUCAUCGGCGAUGUUCCUGGUGGGGAUAGUGGCGGAGCUGCUGGAGGACUACACGAUGCUGCUGGCGGAGGUGCUGGAGCAGCUGCUCAACGGCGCGCCGUUCCCCCGCCGGAUGCGCACGCUCAUGCUGCGGAGCCUCCCCUUCGUGGCCCCGCCGCUCGCGCCGCCGCCGCCGCCGCACGCUCUCCGCGUCACCACCCGAGGCUGAUCGAUCCACCCGGCUGCCUCUCUGCUAAGCCUCAUCCGAUCCGAUAGGUCCAUCCGGAUCGUUUGUUUUGCCUCUUUGGGUUCAUUCUGUUGAUUCGUUUGGUGUACAGACCGACUUGUACUAUGAUGUCUCUUACUGUAUCAUCCAGCGGUGGAAAUGAGACCGAUUUUUCCAUGGCUCC